GUCCAGAGGCCCACCGCUCAGUCGCAGAGCGAACCAGACCAGACCAAGAUCAUCCCGAGCAGUCGUCCCAAGGCGUUUGGCAGUCCAAAAAUAAACCAAAGUCAUCGCAGCUGAGGCAAAGAAGGCACCGCACUUGAAAGAUUCUGCAAAAAAUAGAACAUAAAUUUUCCAUUUUCUGCGUAUCGAUUCGGGGACAAGAUUCGAAACUGCGUAGUUUUCGGGAAAUUGUCAGGCCACCACUUCUUUCAUGUCUUGCCAAAAUCUUCGCUGCGUUCAGGCCAACGGAGUAAACAGCUGCCGCCGCGUCCGACAAGCGGCAAUGUCAGCACUUUAACAAGAAAGCUAACAAAAAAUAAAGAAAAAGGCGAAUAACAAAUCCAACGGCCAUCGACCGGAUAUCCAAAAAAUAUCUACAAAAAUUAAUAACUCGCCGGAGUGCAAGUGAUUCGCGAUAGAGUGCGGAACAACUUUCCGCGGCAAACACAAAAACCGGAGGACUGCGACGGGGGUGCAAAAAUUGAUUUCGUUAGCCUUUUGCCAGCACCAACUGCAUGGGUAAAGUUAUGAGAGUGAAUUCGUUACCGCCGCCCGCCCACAACUGCCACGCCCACGCCCGCUCCAAGCAACAACAGCAAAAACAAUUGAAAUUGAAGAAAACCGAAAUAUAUUUUAUGUUCAACAACUUGUGCAAGAGAAAAACUUUAACGGAGUAUAAGUUAUUGACACUAAAACAAAACCGGGACAGUGAGUGAAUUACCGAAGCAAACCGCAGAGCAGUGACAACCGUGAUCGUUAAAGUUUCAAUCAACAUAAAUUCGUUAAAAAAUAAACAAAAUUAGUCAUAUUUAGAAAAACACCAAUAAAUAGAACCAAAACUACCGAAAAUAAUACUAUUGCGAGGGAGCGUGGGCUGUCAGCGGAUCAAGGAUAAUUAUAAAUAGAGUAAAUCCAGAUCAAAAUGGUUGGAGUUACUGCCGACGCCUCGCAGGCGAAUCAGCUGUCCUCGGCCAAGAACCCGAUGAUCAAGUACAUGCUGAAGACCCGGGAGAAUCAUGCCCGUGAACAGGAUCGCGACUACUCGCAUGUCUUCCGACGGAAGACGAGGUUCGAGAUGUUCCGCUUGUCCGCCAUCGCAAUGGCCAUUGAGUUUGCCUACGCGGCGGAGACGAGUUUCGUAUCCCCGAUCCUCCUGCAGAUCGGUGUGGAUCACAAGCACAUGUCCAUGACCUGGGGCCUCUCGCCGUUGAUUGGAUUCUUUGUGUCCCCGCUACUGGGCAGUAUUAGCGAUCGCUGCAAGCUUCGUUGGGGUCGCCGACGUCCGAUUAUAUCGAUUCUAUCCUUUGGCAUAAUGUGUGGCCUUAUCCUGGUGCCCUAUGGCAAGGAUCUGGGGCAGCUUCUCGGCGACGCAGGAUAUGAAUACGCAGAGCCAGUCCUGAACCUUACCUCCUCGGCGGCAGGAUCAGUGGCCGCCUUGGUUUCGGGUGAGGCCACAGUAGGACCCUCAGCUUCCGACUAUAAAUUCGCCGUGAUCCUUACGAUUUUGGGCAUGGUUCUGCUGGAUUUCGAUGCGGAUACCUGUCAAACCCCCGCUCGCACCUAUUUGCUGGAUAUGUGUGUGCCGGAGGAGCAGCCCAAGGCGAUGACCAUGUUUGCCCUGUUCGCAGGAUUUGGAGGAACCAUUGGAUAUGCCAUCGGAGGAGUCGAUUGGGAAACCACGCACAUUGGCAGCUUUAUGGGCGGAAAUAUACCCACUGUCUUCACCCUGGUCACCAUUAUAUUCGCAGUGUGCUAUCUGAUCACGGUGACGACGUUCCGGGAGAUUCCGCUGACUUUGAUCGAACAGGAUGAGCUGUUGCGACCUCUUUCCGAGCAGGCCAUCAAGAAGGAGCUGAAGAAGAAGAACAACACAAUCUAUUAUAUCCAGGAGACCACACAGUUGGAGCUGCAGAUGGCCAGUGAUGAUCCCAAGAGGGAGGAGGCCUUGCAGGGCAGCUACCAAAAUGGCUAUUCACCCGCCCUGGAGAAGCAGAGCAAGAGUCAGGACUUGGAGACCCAGGCGGACUACGAUGCUCCCGUUUCGCUAAAGGCCUAUCUCAAGAGCAUCUUCAUCAUGCCCUACUCGAUGCGCAUGCUGGCCCUCACCAAUCUCUUCUGCUGGAUGGGCCACGUCACCUACUGCCUCUACUUCACCGACUUUGUGGGCGAGGCGGUGUUCCACGGGGAUCCCACCGCUGCUCCCGGCACGGAGGCCGCCCUCAACUACGAGGCCGGAGUCAGAUUUGGCUGCUGGGGAAUGUCCAUCUACGCAUUCUCCUGCUCCAUCUACUCGCUGUCCGUCACCAAGCUGAUGAAGUGGUUCGGCACAAAGGCUGUCUACAUUAGUGGUAUGAUCUACUAUGGUAUUGGAAUGCUGGUGCUCGGCUUGUGGCCCACUAAAUGGGGAGUUCUGGUGUUCAGCACGUCGGCAGGAAUUCUUUAUGGAACUAUCUUCACAGUGCCUUUUAUACUGGUGGCUAGAUAUCACGCCAAAAAUUGUUUCUGCAUUAAAAACGGCGAGACUGUGCCGCUGAAACAGGCUCGAGGUCUGGGCACCGAUGUGGCCAUCAUAAGCAGCAUGGUGUUCAUCGCCCAGUUGAUUGUCUCCUUAUCCGUGGGUCCUCUGGUAUCCUGGAUGAACACAACCUGUGCCGUGCUGUACGCCUCGACGUUCCUGUCCUUUUUGGCGGCCAUCGCCGCCCUGUUUGUGUUAUAUGUCUAGGAAUUUAGGGCGCUGAUGCCCCGAUGUUUUACAUGAAUUUUACAUAGCGUAAACGUAGCUGGCUGAGUAUCUUUGCCUACCUUCUGGCAGUAUCUGCGAUCAUACUUUGUUGUGGCAUACUUUAAGAAUGAUGCGUUUAAUGUACUUGUAAUCAUUUAA